AUGGACAAUAACGCUGUGUUGAAAUUGGUCAACGCGCUUGAACUGAUCCAUUCACCAAGAACUUCAAAUUCUGAACGUCAAGAAGCCCAAUCAUUUUUAGAACAAGUUAAGAAACAAGAAGAAUCUCCAUUAUGGGGGUAUGAAUUAGCAUUGCCUACUCAAAGUGCAAUUGUUCGUCAUUUUGGUUUAGCUUUAUUACAAAACUCAAUCAAUAGAGAAUGGGAUAAUUAUGAUCAAGAAAAAAAAUUGGCAAUUAGAAAUUGGAUUGUUGAUCUUUCAUUAAAGCUUUUACCAGAAGAUCCUCAUUAUCUUAGAGAAAAAUUAGCAUUUUUGUGGGUUGCAGUUGCUAAAAGAUGUUGGGGUUCAUAUUUAUCUUCUCAAGAUGAUGAAUUGGCAAAUUCAAGAGAUUUUGCAGAAGGUUGGUCUUCUAUGGAUCAAGAUAUCUAUAAAUUAUUUCAAAAUGGUCCACAUACAAGAGAAUUAUCAUUAAUCAUAUAUAGAACAUUAUUUGAAGAUGUUUAUGUUCUUGAAGAUUCUAUCACAUCAAGAAGAAAUGGGGUAUUGAAUUCAUUAUGUACACAAGUUCUUUUACCAAACGCAUUACUGAAUGAGAUUUAUGAAAAGAAUGCUAAUUUAGAACAAUCAAAAGCUACAACUGAAGGUUGGUUCUUGAUAUGGCAAGAACUUUUGAAUGAAUCUAUAAGGAAUGGAGAUGAAAGAACUAUCAUUAAAGUUUUAGAGACUUUUAAAACAUGUUUGAAUUGGCCUUAUAGUAGUCUUUUAACAAAAUCACAGAUUUUCAAAUCAUUAUUAGAUACUGUUCUCGUCUCAAAUAUUAGAGUAAAGAUUUUAUCGGUUGAUUGUUUAUACAUUUUAUUUACAAGAAGUUUCAAUGAAGAUGAAGAUUUAGAACAUAUAGUUGGUUCCAUUUUCAAAACUGAAGGUAUUCAAUUAUUAGCCAAUAUUUAUAAUUCAAUUCAAAAUGAUCCUGAUGACAUCGAUGAUGAAAUUUAUGCAUUCACCAAGAAAUUGACUGAAAUGAUUGUUGGUUUAAGUGAGCAUUUAACUAAAGUGAAAGAUAUAGAGUCAGAUAUUCCAGCUUAUUUGAGAUUAGUAUUGUCCACCACUUCAAGCCCAAGUCUAACUAUCAGUGGUAUAUCAUUGAACUUCUGGGGUCAUAUGUUGAGAGAAGAUGAUACCAUUCAAAUCAUUGAUAGUAUUAUACCAGAUCUUUUAGAAGUUGCUGCUUCCAAACUGUUAAACUAUGGAGAUUUUAAUGAAGAUCAUAUAAGUCAAAAGUUUUUGCAAUUAGAUUUCGAUUCACAAUCAGAAACUUUUUCAUUUUUAAGUCAGUACAAAAGAUUAGUUGAUGACAUUAUAAGGUUAAUUGUUUGUAUCAAGUUUGACAUUGGUAUUGAAUGGUUGAGUAAUCGUUUAGGAUAUUUUUUUUCUUCAGAAAUUGGUAGCCAGGCCAUUUCGUCACCAAAAUUGGAUUAUCAUGGUGAAGCUUUCAUUUUGGGGAUGUCUCAAAUUGAAAUUGUGGAAGCAUCAGUUAGAGGUAUAGUCAGAUGGAAAAUUUAUUACCGUAAUGCGGAUUAUGAUGCAAGAUUAGAAGUUUUGUUACAUCAAGUUGAAGAAUUAGCAGAGAAGUUGUUGAAUGUUGAAAUAAAAGAUCCUGUUUUACUGAAAAGACUAGGUCAAACUUUUGUUCAAUUUACUCCUUUACUCAAAGAUCAUAUGAUUUUCAAAAUCAUUGAAAGACUGCUUACUUUAUCAACAUUCCCAUAUCCUGAAAAUGCCAAUGAUGAUGAAACAAAUGUCGUUAAAGAUUUGAGAACAAGUUGUGCUACUGAACUAAAUAGAAUUGCAUUCCUGAUCCCAGAUAGAUUGAAAAAUAUUUUGGAUGACUUAGAAAGAGUUAUUGAAAGCUUGAUACCUAAACUUUUACCAACAGAAGCUGUUACUUUCAAAGCAUUUUUAUUAGUUGUUUCUCAAAGAGCUUCUAUACAGAAUAAAGAUGAAAAAUUCGUGAAGAUUGUUGAACCCGAGAUUGCAGCUUGGACAAAUCCAGAUACAAUGAAAGGUUUAAGUGAUUUACAAUGGUUCAUGGAAAGACUAGGUAUUGUGAAAAUUGCAGACUAUUUCAAAACCAGAAACAUAAGUCCUGGUGCUAGUUUAAUUAAUACACCAAUGGAUGAAGAAGGCUUAAAACUAAAAGCAGAAUUAAAAAAUAGAUGGCCUGUCAUUUUCCCAGCUAGAUCAACUAGACUGUUACUUCAAUAUUCAAUCGAAAAAUUACCACAUGAUACACCUGAAUAUAAAAACUUAUUAAAACUUUGGGCACCAAGAGUUACACCUAUUGUUCCUCAUAUUCUACAAUUAUUAUACCAAAUUCAAGCAUAUCAUAACCCUGAAAACUGGAAAGGUUUACCAGAUGUUGUUCAAUCAUUUGUUAAAGACUCAACUGUUGAAAGAUUCUGGCAAAUGGGUGUUUCUAUCCAAUCCAGAGAUUCUUUCUUAGAAGAAAGUGAAAAAGCAAUGAAUACAUUGAGAGAUUUUGCUGAUUCUGUUGGUCAUAUUGUUAGAUAUACAAGAGAAUAUGUAUUUUUGACUAUUUCUUCUAUUUGUCAAUUAGAAGAUACAUUUUAUACAAUUCCAAAUAUUGCAAAUACAUUUUGGAGAGCUGCUACUGGUGAAAAAGUUGGUAUAACAUUACAUUCAUGGAAGCAUAUGAUAAAUAUUAGUUUGAGAGCUGUUAUCAAAAAUUGUCCACCUUCUAAUGUGAAUGAUUUUAUGGGUCAGUUAUUACCUCAAAUGUUCAAUACCCUUGAUGAAUUAUUAAUUAAUAAAUGGGAAAAAGUUUACAUAUCAGGUUUAACAUUUGAUGAAAAUGAUGAUCAACUUUCUGAAGAAAUGAUGGAAGAACAUUUAUUAAGACAAGUUACUCAUGUUACUAUCAGACUGUUAGUUGAUUGUGUUGGUCAAUAUGGUUAUAAAUCUUUAACUGAUACACAAAAGGCAAUUCGUAAAUUGUUAUUUUCUAAUAAAGAUGUUCUUGCUCCAUUCUUGAACCUCACAAGCCAUAUAAUCAUGCUUAAAGAUUCAAGAAGUUCUUUUAAUGUUUUGUUAAUUUUAAGAGCUGUUUUAAAUGAUAUUUUAUUAAAAGAUGAUGAAGUUGAUAAAUUUUUAUGUGAGAAUUUAACAAAAUCAUUAGUUUAUGUCUUAAUGGAUGAUUUCUAUCGUGAAGCUCAUACAGAUGCAGGUUAUCUAUUAACAGCAUUAUAUAUUAACUUAAGGGUUAGAGGUAAUUAUAUGUCUACAGUUUUGAAAAGUUAUUUACCAAAUGCAACAGAUGAUCAUAUAUCAAGAUAUGAAACUGCAUUAGCAGAAUCUAAGAAUUUAAAAGAACAAAGAAAUGCAGUUUUAGAUUUAAUUCAACAAGUUAAAGAUGAAGAUCAUGAUGAUGAAAAAUUUAAAAAAAACAGAAAUGCUCAAUUAGAAUCAAUUGCUAAAAAGAAAAAAGCAGAAUCAGAUAUGAUGAAUGAUCCAUUCACUGAAAAUAGUGCAUUAGGUAAUUUAUUUGGUGGUGAAGAACAAUAA